GCAUUAAAGUGUGCGUUCCAGCUUUUGCGUAAGACCUCAUGUUGCCUAUAAUAAUAUGUAUCAGUGUUUGUCUGUAGAUGUAUUACAGCCUUCAUUUUGAGAAUGUAUGACAGUGAUAAUCGUUAAUGGCUGAUACAUUCGCACGAACUGUGGUUGUUGCCAAAAAAAAAAAAGAAAAGAAAAACGAUUUAGAAAAGGGGCGCGGCAGGUUUCUUGUGAAACCAAGGUUUUAGACCAGCCCAGAAAUUGUGACGUAGUCAUGUAUCUGCAAAAGGGACCGCAUUUAUAAAAUACUUUUUUGACACUGUUGAAAUACAGUAUAUUGUGUUUUCAAUUGGUUGUUUUGUUUUUGUUGUGAAUAAGUUGGGAGGAGGGAAGAUGAGGCUCUCUUAAACGAUAUGGAUAUUUCGAAAAUUGGUCAAAGAUAACUAUUUAAUUGAGCAGUGGUGUCAGCUUCCAGAUAUUACCAGGCACUGGCUAUUGAUUACGAAAUGUUAUACAUCUACAACAGGGGAGCUGGGAGUAUUUUACCAGAACAGCGAACGUAGAGUGUAGGCGAAGUUGUGAUUUUAUUUCUUUUUUUUUCUUCAUAUUUUUUAACCUUUUUUUAAGUUAAUUCUUUAUCCAAAAAAGACGACUGGUCUAUCGCGGUUUUGUUGUUGAAUUUAAACCUUUUACUUUUAUUAAUUAAAAAUAAAUUUAAAAAAAUAAAUACCAUACCCCUACCCUAACUGUAUUGCCAUCAACGUGAUCUCAAGAUGUCCAUUUACGUUGAAGAUUUUAGAAAGGCAGUGACCAACGGUGGGAUGGCACAGUUCCAAGAAGCAAUCCGUCAGGAGCUCGAGAACUCUAUGAAGCAGGACCUGGAAAGAUUACAGGCAACUGCUAGUAAGGAUGAAGCCGAGAUAACCAGAAAGGAUUUUGAUGGGUUUAAGAAGCUUUUCCAUAGAUUUCUACAAGAGAAGGGGCCUUCAGUGGACUGGGGGAAGAUUCAGAGACCACCAGAGGAUUCUAUCCAGCCUUAUGAAAAGAUCAAGUCCAAAGGUCUGCCAGACAAUGUGGCAUCUGUCUUGAACAAGCUGGUGGUGGUGAAGCUGAACGGUGGCCUUGGCACCAGCAUGGGCUGCAAGGGCCCGAAGAGUCUCAUCAGUGUCCGCAAUGAAAACACUUUCCUGGAUCUGACAGUUCAGCAGAUCGAGCACUUAAAUAAAACCUACAACACAGAAGUUCCCCUGGUCUUAAUGAAUUCUUUCAAUACUGACGAAGACACUGACAAGAUCUUGCAGAAAUACACACACUGUCAUGUGAAAAUCCACACCUUCAACCAAAGCAGGUAUCCAAGGAUUAACAAGGAAUCUUUGCUCCCAAUAGCCAAGGAUAUGUCAAAAACGGGGGAAAAUGCUGAAUCCUGGUACCCACCUGGACAUGGGGAUAUCUAUGGAAGCUUCUAUAACUCUGGCCUGUUGGAUAAACUCAUAGCUGAGGGGAAGGAGUAUAUAUUCGUCUCAAACAUUGAUAAUCUUGGGGCGACCGUUGAUCUUUAUAUCCUCAAUCACCUCAUGAGCCAACCCAAUGGAAAACGCUGCGAGUUUGUCAUGGAGGUCACUGACAAGACAAGAGCAGACGUGAAGGGUGGUACUCUCACGCAGUACGGAGGCAAGCUGAGGUUGCUGGAGAUCGCUCAGGUUCCAAAGGCUCAUGUGGACGAGUUCAAGUCAGUGAGCAAAUUCAAGAUCUUCAACACCAACAACUUGUGGAUUUCACUGCCUGCAAUCAAGAGGCUGCAGGAGCAGAACGCCAUGGACAUGGAGAUCAUUGUCAACCCAAAGACUCUAAAUGGUGGAUUGAACGUAAUCCAGCUGGAAACUGCUGUGGGUGCUGCUGUUAAAAGUUUUGACAAUGCGUUGGGCAUCAAUGUCCCGCGAAGCCGUUUCCUGCCUGUGAAAACCACCUCUGACCUGCUGCUGGUGAUGUCCAACCUGUACAGCCUUAAUGCAGGCUCCCUCACCAUGAGCGAGAAGAGAGAGUUUCCCACUGUACCCCUGACCAAACUGGGCAGCUCUUUUACAAAGGUUCAGGAGUUUUUGAUGAGGUUCGAAAGUAUACCAGACAUGCUUGAACUGGAUCACCUUACGGUUUCAGGAGAUGUUACCUUUGGCAAGAAUGUUAGUUUAAAGGGAACCGUUAUUAUUAUUGCAAAUCAUGGUGACAGAAUCGACAUACCUGCCGGAGCAGUGCUGGAGAACAAGAUUGUAUCAGGCAAUCUUCGCAUCCUCGACCACUGAAAGAACAUGCUUGUACCUAGUUCUUACUUUUAUUUAAGAAUUUAUCAUGGGAUGUUAAAUCACAAUGUAGGCAGAUUUCACUCAUUAAAUGUAAUAAAUGUUCACCUAUACUUGCAUUGUGUGCAUUUCAAGCACAGGCAUGAAGAGCUCAGUAUUUCAGAUUUAUUAGGUUGCAACAUAACUUAAGCAAAAUUUGUAGUUGUCUGCAACUAAGUGUUGUAAAGCAAUAAUUUUUGACAUGGUUCCAUCUGAAAAGUCUGAGCCAAAGUUAUGUCUAGCUCAGUCCUAUACUUUUAAUAAACAAUGUGCAAUAUUGAUGAAA